CAGACCAGACCACGACCACAGCUACGAUCAUCUCGAGCGUCGCCCCUUGCCGUUCCGCAGGCCAAAAAUAAACCAAAGUCAUCGCACCGUCGAAUUAAAUCGAAAAAAGUCUGCAAAAAAUAGAAAAUACAUUUCCAUCUGCCAGCGUAUCGAUUCAGUGUCAAGUGGAAGCUGCGUAGUUGCCCGUUAGGAAAAUUGUCAGGCCAAAACAUCUUUCAUGUCUUGCCAAAAUCUUAGCUGCGUUCAGGCCAACGACGUAAACAGCUGCCGCCGCACUCGCCAAGCGGCGAUGUCAGCACUUUAACGCAACGAUAAUACACACACACACACACACACAAAUCCACCGGAUAGUAAAAAAAUAUCGGGAAGAAAAUAAAAACAGAAAAAAAAAAUUAAUAACUCAUCGCAGAGAGUCAUUCGGGAGUGGAACAACUUUUCGGAGGCAAACAAAAACUUGAAAAAAUUGAUUUCCUUAGCCUUUUGCCAGCACCAACUGCAUGGGUAAAGUUAUGAGAGUGAAUUCGUUACCGCCGCCCGCCCACAACUGCCACGCCCACGCCCGCUCCAAGCAACAACAGCAGCAUAGGGAAAAACAAUUGAAAUUGAAGAAAAUCGAAAUCUAUUUUAUGUUCAGCAAUUUGUGCAAGAGAAAAACUUUAACGGAGUAUAAUUUAUUGACACUAAACCGAAGCCCGGAAAGUGAGUGAAUUGCCGCAGUGCAACCGCAGCACAGAGUGACAGUGAUUAUUUAGAGUUGAACAUAAAUUCUACAGAAAAAUAUUUAGUAAUAUAUUACUUAAAAAUAAAUACACAACCAUAAAUAGCACCGGAAAUACUUGACUUUAGUUAGAGAUUUUUAACAGCGGAGCGUGGGCGGUCAGCGGAUCAAGGAUACCUGGAAAUAGAGUAUCAAUUAACCGCCGAUCAAAAUGGUUGGAGUUGCGGCAGACGCCUCCCAGGCGAACCAGCUGUCCUCGGCAAAGAAUCCCAUGAUCAAGUACAUGCUCAAGACCCGGGAGAACCAUGCCCGUGAGCAGGAUCAGGACUACUCGCAUGUCUUCCGCCGGAAGACGCGUUUUGAGAUGUUCCGGCUAUCCGCCAUCGCCAUGGCCAUUGAGUUUGCCUACGCGGCGGAGACGAGCUUCGUGUCCCCGAUCCUUCUGCAGAUCGGCGUGGAUCACAAGCACAUGUCCAUGACCUGGGGACUGUCUCCCUUGAUCGGAUUCUUUGUGUCUCCGUUACUGGGAAGUAUUAGCGAUCGGUGCAAGCUUCGUUGGGGUCGUCGACGACCCAUCAUUUCCAUAUUAUCCUUUGGAAUCUUGUGUGGCUUAAUCCUGGUGCCAUAUGGCAAGGAUCUGGGAGUGCUGCUGGGCGAUGUGGGCUACAACUACUCGGAUACAGCCCUAAAUAUCACCUCCAGCUUUAGCGACGGAGCAGUAGCUGCCUUGGUAUCGAGUAAAAGCGACACUGGACCAUCGGCCUCCGACUUUAAGUUUGCCGUGAUCCUUACGAUUCUGGGAAUGGUUCUGCUGGACUUCGACGCGGACACCUGCCAGACCCCGGCUCGCACCUAUCUGCUGGAUAUGUGUGUGCCCGAGGAGCAGCCGAAGGCGAUGACCAUGUUUGCGCUGUUUGCAGGAUUUGGAGGAACUAUUGGUUAUGCCAUCGGAGGCGUUGACUGGGAGACGACGCACAUCGGCACUUUUAUGGGCGGAAAUAUACCAACUGUAUUCACCCUGGUGACCAUUAUAUUUGUGAUUUGCUACCUGAUUACGGUGACCACCUUCAAGGAGAUUCCCCUGCCCCUCAUCGAGCAGGACGAGCUGCUGCGACCGCUUUCCGAGGCGGCCAUCAAGCGGGAGCUGAAGAAGAACAACAAUGCCAUCUACUACAUCCAGGAGACCACUCAGCUGGAGCUCCAGAUGGGGGCGGAUGAUCCCAAGCGGGUGGAGGCGUUGCAGGGAAGCUAUCAGAACGGCUACUCGCCGGCUUUGGCCAAGCAGAGCAUGGCCCAGGAUGCAGAGCUGCAGUCCAGUGCCGAGCCACCGGUCUCCCUGAAGUCCUACCUGAAGAGCAUCUUCAUUAUGCCCUACUCGAUGCGAAUGCUGGCCCUGACCAAUCUCUUUUGCUGGAUGGGCCAUGUCACCUACUGCCUGUACUUUACGGACUUUGUGGGCGAGGCAGUGUUCCAUGGGGAUCCCACAGCUCCUCCCAAUUCGGAGGCAGCUCAGAAUUACGAGGAGGGCGUCCGUUUCGGCUGCUGGGGCAUGGCCAUAUACGCCUUCUCCUGCUCCAUCUACUCGCUGUCUGUGACGAAGCUGAUGAAGUGGUUUGGAACAAAGGCAGUGUAUAUAAGUGGCAUGAUCUACUACGGCAUUGGCAUGCUGGUCCUGGGCUUGUGGCCCACGAAAUGGGGUGUCUUGCUGUUCAGUACCUCGGCGGGUAUUCUCUAUGGAACAAUAUUUACGGUGCCUUUUAUUCUGGUGGCCAACUACCAUGCCAAAAAUUGUUUCAUUGUGAAAAAUGGCGAGACUGUGCCAUUGAAACAGGCCCGGGGUCUGGGCACCGAUGUGGCCAUUAUCAGCAGCAUGGUCUUUAUUGCCCAGCUGAUUGUGUCGCUCUCCGUGGGACCACUCGUCUCCUGGAUGGACACCACCUGUGCCGUGCUCUAUGCUUCCACCUUCCUCUCCUUCUUGGCAGCAAUUUCGGCCAUGUUUGUGCUAUAUGUCUAAAGAGAUUGAUUAAUACGCCGAUUUCAUACAUGAAUUUUACGUAGCCUAAUACUUAGCUAGCUUUGUAUCUUUGCCUACUUUCUGGCAGUAUCUGCGACUGCACUCAUAAUGUUGUGGCAUACUUUAAGGAUUGUAAUUGCCUAAGAAAAUGAUUUUUUUUAACCACAGAAAGACAAUAAAUAUUUGAAAACGA